AUGCAGUCAUCCAUUUCAUCCCGGCAAUCCGACAUCGACAACUUCUUGCUCUACGCAACGUUAAGCUCUAUUGGUGUCCCUUCUGGCCCACGCACCUUAGAUACUACGCAAGCUCUCCUCAAGCAAGAGCUGAAAAACCGCCUGAUUCAUGAAGGUUUUGGAAGGGGUGCCAGAAUACCAUUGGAGAAGUCCAUUUUUCAUCGUCUUGUGAUAAAAACUACUCUCCAAUUGAGCGAGAUCAAGACCAUUCAGUACGACAAAAAAGGACGAUUUGCAUACUCCGGAGACAAAUGGAAAUUCCACCGCAGGAGAAAAGGAAUCAAACGUACUCGUGGCGCAAAGGAUGAACAGGAUGACGGUACAGAGGACAGUGGCACAGAGCGCGAGGAUGCAGAGGAUGAUGGUACAGACGACGAGGAUGCAGAAGAUGAUGAUACAGAGAACGGUGAUACGAAUAUCGAUGAUGCAGAGAUCAAGGGUGCAGCGCUUGGCGUAGAGCCCUCUUUUGACUCGGUGAUCCAUGGCCAAUCUGAAACAGAAGCAUGGAGUUCCCAAGAGUACCGGCCUUCGGGAUCGAAGAAAAGACUCAGGCCUGUGUCCGUGACAACUGAAAAACAGUUUCAACGUCUCUUCUACACCAUUCAGUAUCACCUGCGCCACAAACUGAAACCCCACCUCCCUUUCAACAUAUCCGAUUCGGCUGGAUCCCAGUACUGGUCUGCAGAGUUCUCCACCUCUCCUAUACCAGACGAAUACAACUGCCAGAAGCCCGACAUAGCCCUGUUUGACUUCGCCAUCAAAAACAUGGGGAAGACAUGGGCAGAUGUCCUGUCCUUCGUGGAGCAUACCUCCAGUGAUCUCACUAAAAAGCGAGAUAUACCAGUGUUCUGGGGAUCUACGACCAAAGCCUACCUAAUGCUGAGAGAACAACCAUGGCGUCGAUUCGUCGUUGGGUUUUCGAUUUGUGCCGAUCAGCUUCGUGCACAUUACUUUGACCGCUCCGGUCUCAUCAUUUCCCAUCCUUUUCACAUCCAUCAAAACAUGGGCCCUGUGCGACUCACAGAGAUGUUGGGCACCCUCACUCUAUCGGAUAUUCACCAUUUGGGUUUCGAUCCGACGAUUCACAUGUGUAACGCUGCAUGCACAGGAACUCAUCCUAAUUUAGCACACGAGGCGAAGGGCUGGGUGAAGGACAACCACGACAAAACAUAUUCCAUUAUGGAUGUUCUGUGGAAGAGCCAUGGGCUUUUCUGUCGUGGAACGGUUUGUUAUCGUGUCGUUGAUGAGGCAGGGAAUCAGUACGCUUUAAAAGAUUGUUGGGUGACAGAGGAGAAGAGAAUGCACGAAACGACCAUCCUGGAGAUGGUCAAGGGCAUCCCUAACGUUGUCGAACUCAUAGACCAUUGGGACGUGUAUUACGAAGGGGAGCCUGACUGCACAGCGCGCAUUCGCAGCCAAUACGACAUGGGCCAUCGGGAUGACUUGAUGUUCCGCAACAGAUUCCACCGCCGCAUUCUCUUGUCCCCCUGUGGAGAGCCAUUAUCUAAAUUCAGCUCUAGACGAGAACUGCUCACCGCCUUCCAUGCCUUUGUAGUUGCUCAUCACAUGAUGAUUGAGAAGCGAGUCUUGCAUGGGGACCUCAGUCCCAAUAAUUUUGUUGUUCAUGACGGUAUCGGUUACUUCAUCGAUUUCGAUCACGCCUCGAUUCUAGAUGAAGGCACAACUAGCACCUAUUCGCAUGGUACAGGGACCAUGCCCUACAUUUCUAUCCGUAUUCUUCAGGCUAUGCUGGAUCUAGCCCCACUUGAGGUUGGCGCCAACAUCCCAGGCCAGGAUGCUGAUCCAAAUAAUGUGGACGAUUCCACGGUGGACAACAACGUCGAUCUUGUUCCGCAGGCUGCCAAUGCUCCGCAGAAUGUCAACUUCGAUACCGAUCUGAUCGAACACCGGCCCAGCGAUGACCUCGAGUCCUUAUUUUAUAUUUUUUUCGAGUUUGUUGCCAAGUAUGGGGGGCCACAUGGCCAAUUGGCAUCCACCUGGUCCCGGCGAACUUUACCGUGGGCGAGCGCUUAUGAAGCUUUGGGCAAUGCAGAUACCCAUUUGGCCCUAAGUACGAUCUGUUUCGCGAAGAUGGGGGUUUUAAUGCAAGGCCGAUUCUUGGUCGCCAAGACAUCCGAAUACUUCGCGGAAUUCCGACCUCUCGUGCAUAAAUGGGGCACCAUGGUUUACGAUGCGAACGCGCCCCAAAAUCCGGUAGAGAUGACCCACGCUGGAGUCCUCGACCUACUUGAUAUAUUCAUGAGAUCUAUUGGUGAAGAACCACCUCCUUUAGAACAAUCCCAGAGUCUUCAUCCCCGCACAGCAGCAUCCCAGAGUCUUCACUACCGCACGUCAGCAUCCCAGAGUCUUCACUCCCGCACGUCAGCAUCCGAUGCCCUUCACCCCCCCCCAGCAGGGCCAUCUGAGCCUUUACUGCGUCGUUCUGCUCGUCUUAGCUUAACAAAUCCUCCGAUACCCUCUACAGCACUUUCCGAGCCUUUGUCGUCUCGUUCCCCACGAAAAAAAAGAACAAACGGGCGACUCGGAGGAGGCAAUGAGAGGUGUCUGAACUUUUUUUCUGUACAUGUCAUCCCACAAUCCUCUUUCCGAGUGCUGGCCACUUAUCUUCUCACAAUUCUCAAGUCUCUUAUCCUUCUCGUAUUUCUUAACAUCCUUCAACUCCCACUGUCAUUUACUCAACUCGUUGUACCCUCUAAUUAUUAUUACGUUCGGAGUCAUACGGUACCUGUAUACGUACUCUGUUGUGCUAGUUUAGUUUUAGAAUCUUGGCACUUCCCGCCUUCUCGCUCGAUGCCUCCGAAGAAGAGGGCCAGGCGCUCAUACGAAGUCUCCGAGGGUACUCGACGAAGUGAGAGAUCUACGCGAGGCCAAGGUGGACAUGCAGACCAGUUGAAAAAAACUGGCGAAACCUUAGUGGCCCCAGCGAGGAAAGGUCGGAAGGAGACCAAUCUUGACAUUAGUGAUGCAGAGGAAAACCCCAUGGCUCCUUCCCAGCUCCGGAAACCGAAGAAAACUGCUACUACUAAAAGGUCUCUGACCGGGAGCACCAAUCCUACUCAGUGUUCCAUUGGUAUCAACAAGAAUGUCCAUUCUGGACGCCAGCAACCUAAUUCAGGACACCAACAUUCUGGCGCAUCUCUCCGGACAGCCCCAAGUGCAGCUCAGUCUUCAGGUAGGUUUGGGUUUCGGCAGCCCACUUCGACUGGCAGUCAGAACAUCCGGAAGGCACCACGGCCCAAUGAGCGUACCCAUGACUCGGAGGAGGAGGCUGGAAGUCAAGCUCCAGAGCAUGGUAUCGGUGACGACGACGACGACCAGGACCAGGACCAAACUGACGGGGAAAAUGAGGACAGGGACGGAGUUCAGGACCAGGAGCAAACACUUGAAAUAGGCGGUACCACGGACUUUGGACAACACGAAGACGAUUUGGAUGGCGAGUACGGAGGUGACGCUCAGGAAGAUUGUCUGAAUCAAGGUAUUGAUGGGGAUUUUGACGACGAGCCUGGCACUCAGAGGGACAAGCCUGACGCUCAGGACAGUGGUACUCAUGACGACUCCAACAAUGAGCUCGACAACGCAGCCAGUGACGAAACAGAGGAAAGUGUUUUAAUUUUUGUCUUGAGGUUAAUCUUAUCACACGCUCUUCAGGAAGCUUUUGAUGUUCUCGAGCGACAUCAAAUGAAAAAUGGACGGCGCAAGGCACCUUCUUUAACUUAUCUAUCGAGGGCGAAACAUACUGAACGCAGACGUGCUUCUAGCCAGUCGAAGUCUCCUCGUCGACCGUCACCUCGACGUGUGGUGUCUACUGGGUCUUCUGCUCUGGCGCGACCUCCUAAAUGUGGGUGCUCACCUCACAUUACUUCUACCCACUCAAAGUAUCCAGACCAGCGUUCGGUGUCGCCUCGUAGACACACAUCUCAGCGUGUCCCAUCUAUGCGCCCUUCUACACGCUCAAGGUCUCCAUAUCGGCGUUCGGUGUCGCCUCGUAGACACACAUCUCAGCGUGUCCCGUCUAUGCGCCCUUCUGCGCGCUCAAGGUCUCCAUAUCGGCGUUCAGUGUCACCUCAUAGACACACAUCUCUGCAUGUCCCGUCUGUGCGCCCUUCUACACGCUCAAGGUCUCCAUAUCAGUGUUCGGUGUCGCCUCGUAGACACAUAUCUCAGCGUGUCCCGUCUAUGCGCCCUUCUUCCUCCCGCGUGCACUCUCGCCAUUCUACACGCUCAAGGUCACCAUAUCGGCGUUCAGCGUCACCUCAUACACACGUAUCUCAGCGUCCCCCCCGCAUGCAGUCUCCUCAUCGGCGUUCUCCAUCUAGGCGAAGCACUUCCUCCAGUCGUGCUACACGUGAUGAGCCAGAUUCAUACAGAAAUAAGCGCAAGGCCAAGACAGUCCAAGAGGAUCCCGCGAAGCUCGGCUUUUACCCACCUGCCUGGCAAGCAUUUUUGCAGGCAGCGAAGUUAGAGAUGUGUCUACAGGCUGUUCUAACGCAUCCCAUUCCAGAUCAUGGAGAUGUGCUACAACUUGCACAAGAAGUUCUUGACGCUGAAUUGUGGGUGUACCACGAAAAAAAGAUCAAAUUGGACAAUGGCUAUUUCCCGCAGUACACGACACAAAUGUCGCGGCUGCUCUGUGAUGAUCUAUUCACGUUUCGCACGGAGCUGAAGAAAGUUGUUAUAUCCGUCGCGAAAGCAUCAUACGAUAUCUUCCCGAAGGGCACCAUGGCGCGCAAGGACGAGGUACAGAAAUGUGUCAUUGCGAAGGCCACCAAGUUACUCAAGACCGGUGAUUAUCUUCGUAUUCCCGAUUCAUCUGAUGGCAAAUGGAGGAAUUUUGUCUCGCAAGCUCUCAGGGAUGGCUGCCUCGAAUUCUACUAUGGUAAUAGCAAGAAAGCCCUCAAGAACACAGAUGAAUUUCGACGUGCAAUACCUGUCAACGGGCUGCUUCUUGUGGGCGCCGUGACGAAGGGCGUCCUCACUGGGUUUCGCGAGACCGGCACUGACAAAGUCCCAGACCUCUCCGCAGAUAAAUGUAGGGCCGACUUCAACUCGUUGCAGAAGUCUGUAGACGCACUUCUAGAAAAUCCUGACCGUCGUGUGGAGCUCGAGGAGAUGUUGGAGCAGUGGGCUAUGAUUGGGAUGGGUGACCUUGAUUUUGACGAGGGCAAUACUGGAGGCAGUGAUAUGGAGGAUGUCAACAUCAUCUUAUAA